UCCAAUGGAAAACUGCCCCACGCUCAAAUAUCAAUUACAUGCCGCGUAGAUUAUUCUCGCUACUCUUAAACGCGUGCACUGUCGGAACUCAGCUCGUGAUUGUAUCAAAAUGAAACAUGCCUGAAAUUAGUGUUCUCAGGGAGAAUUCUACUAAAAUCAUGGAACCUGUGGAAUCUAAUAAAUCUAUGAACGAUCUAAUUUCGAACAAUGAAGAGAGUGUGCUUGAAAUUGCAAGUGUUGAGAGUUUAGCAGCCACUCUCUCUGAUGAGCCCAGUAUCAAGCAGGAACCUGAAAGGUCGCUUGACUGUAUAUACUGUAACUACAGAUGCCAGACUACAAAUUCCAUGGAACAGCAUCUGGAGGAAAAUCACAUUUGUAACGUUUGUCACCAAAUUUUUGAGGAGAAGUACGAACUCAUAAAACAUAUUCAAGGCCAUAUAAACUUGACUAAACGAAAGAUUUCUCUUGUUUCCUGUCCAUACUGUUUGGAGAAAUUCAAAACCAACAAGUCCCUGUUCCGGCAUAUUGGCUUGAACCAUCAUAUAGAAAAAAAUAUUGCAAUUCCUAACAAAUCCAUGCCGAGUAAUAUAAUUCCUUUGAAGGAUAUUCUUCAAAUUUGUAAGAAUCAACCCAAGCCAGCUGCUGGAUGGAGUAAACUUGAUGAUACCCCAAUAUAUACUUUCCGUCCCAGUCCAACUGAAACCAGGAAGAUGAAAACCUUCUGCUUGGAUGAAGACCCGGAGAUUUCUCGGUACUUUUAUCUGGGGAAAGGUCGCCGCGCUUCUCUUAUGAAGUUGUCAACAACCCAAGCUAGAGAAAUUAAAAUUAUGAAAAUGAAGAUCUUGAAAAAGCCUACUGGAAUUAUCAAACCCCAAUCUGUGAUACACCCUAAACCUAAUCGUGAUAAUCAUAAGUUAGGCACAAAGAUUUGGAAUGACCAGAUAGAUGAAAAGCGCGGAAUUAAGGCUCUAGGAAGGGUGAUGAACUCAGAGAUGCUGAAGAAGCCGGAGAGUGUUCCAGACCUCUCUGCUGGUUUAGAAAAUCUACUGAAAAGAAUAGAGGAGCUGGAGGAACAAACUAGAUCAGCUCUAGUUUGCUCUCCCAAUGUUUUUAGCACUAAACCUGAGGAAAAGACAACUGCUCCGAGUUCAAAAAACGUUCUGUUGAAGAAAAUCCCCUCCUUGAUUUCGUUAAGCUCGCAGUCUUCUGUCGAGAAUGUUAUAAAAAUGGGAGAGGAAAACAAAUCCGAAGAUGAUUUCCCAACCAUUACUUUACAAUCUGUUCCAGCCAGUCCUAAACUCUCUGCAGAGGAAACAUUGAAGCAAAAUUUUGAUAUUCCUGUCACAAAGCCAAACAAAAAUACAAUUCUAGAGAACUCCGAGAUUUGUGAUCCUGUUGCAGAACUAGCAAAUGAUGUCUCAGAUUUGAAACAUGAACAUGACUCUUCUGAAAUCAAGACUACUGCCUCUGCUUUAGAAUCAAAAUCGAAAUUACCUAGUGACAUCGAUACCAUUGACCCUAUAGCCUCGGAGCCUACAAAUUCGUUGAAGCGUCGUAGAAAACCACUGAAACCUGUUCAAAGAAUUAUUUAUGACAAAAAUCAUGAGUACGAGAGCUUAACACAAACUCAGACAACCGGAAUUACGAAACCAAUAGAAAUUAAUCAUUCUGAGGACAACAAAUCAGAUCAUCUCACACCAAAAAGUAUAGAAGGUCCAGUCAAAAAAUCCACAAAGAAAAGUCUUAAGGCUGACGAUGAUAACUUGAGCUCUAAAGAAAUCCCUGAAAUUGACAUUAUUCCAAAGAAGAAAGGGAGAUCAAAACGUAAGCUUGAAGACAAUUCACCCAAAUCCGAAGUUCGGGUUCAAGCUCCAAAGAAAAUCAAGUUAGAAAAAAAGAAAUUGUUUGUGGACAUGAAACUUGCUCGUAUUGCUGACGCAAACCCAUACACGAAAAAGGUUCAAUCCUUCAGAAAGAGUAAAAUCACACAGGUAGAGGAUGAUGGCCUGAUGGACCUGGAGAAUGAGAUCAAUGAAAACCAGGAGAAGUCACUGCUUGAACCAUACUGCAACGUUUGUCAAAUCCUGCUUGAACGCAGCUCAUACAAUGAAAAAGUGUCUGCUGCCGCGGUAAAGAGAAUUCCCGAUCAAUCUGUGGUUUGGGUUCCUCAGUCUGAUGAUUCAAAAUUAAACGAGGAUAAACUUUUGUCCAGUUUUCCUGCAAGUAAACUAAUCGUCUGCUCCAGUUGUAAGGUGUGCGUCCACGAAGCGUGUUAUAAAGCCCAAUAUGAAGAUGAUCUAUGGCUGUGUGAUCGGUGCAUUUAUAUUGCUGAUGAGAGAAAUAAGCCUGUGUCGUGUUUCCUGUGUUCCGAGUCGAGAGGAGCGCUUAAGAAAGAUUGCUGUGAUCAGUUUUAUCAUGUUCGCUGUGCCGUUCUCAUUCCUGAGAUAGCCAAGGAAUCUCCUGUUGAUCUAAGGUUUGUUCCCAGGAAGAGGUGGAACGUGACAUGUUUAAUCUGCAAUGAGGUUGGAAAAGAACCAGCAGUUCAUUGUAUGGCGAGCAAAGAGUGCAUGCUUUCCUUCCAUCUGUCCUGUGCGUACAAGCACGGAGUUGAUUGUGCUCUGGGUCCUGAGCAGAAUGUAAUUUUACGCUGUUCUUUCUGCAUUGAGAAAUUUCAGUUAAAGGAGGAUGGGAAUAAAGUUGCAAAGUUUCCGCCCCAGGACUUGUUUGUUGGUGAUGAGGUGAAUAUUCUGAACUAUCCUGGAUUUAAGACUGGGGUUAUCGUACAGGUAGAUGAGGAAGUUCUUUAUUCUGUCGCCUUUGAUGAUGGAUCCUUCUGCGAUUCAUUGGAACCCAAGGACGUGACGUUUAUUGAUGAAGUUGAUCUGGAAAAAUUAAGAUUGAAUGCCCCGGUUCGGGUUAUGUGGGAAGGAGAGCUUUGCUCUGGAAUAUACAAGGAGAAGAACUCGAUCUACUGGUACAUGGUUAAACCUAAGAGGUCCAAGAAAACAUUGGAGCUGAGUAGGACAGAGAUAAAUAAGAAAAAGAAACUGUAGGCAUUGUAUUUCAUUUUCAUACUUGAAUUAUUUAGUUACUUUUGCUCUAAAAUGUACCUUUGAUAUUGAUAAUUGGUUAUUAAACCUCAAGUUUUUCUUGAAAAUUAUGGGUUUACUGUUUUUAUGAAUAAAACAUUUAAAAAUCGCUUUUU